AUCCAAGAUGGCGUAGAAAGUAAAGCUAGUUUUAUGUCCUCUGGAUUCAAGAAGAAGGAUGACGAGUUCAACGACAUUCUGUCGCUGAGUCAUGGCGGACAGGAGAGCAGAGAAGUCAUGUGAAGAAGCCAGCGGAUCGUUAGCCAGGCGGGAGUACGAGGCGGCGGUGAGCCACUGCACAGAUGCGCUGCUGGCCAUCGGCCCCCCGGCCCCUCCCAGCCCUGGACCCUCCGCAUCCAACCCCCCCAACAACACGGUUACCCCCCUCCGCAGCCGCGCCCUGCUCUACAGGAUAGCCGCCCUGCUACAGCUGAAAAACUAUGAUCAAGCAGAUGAAGACUGCAAACAUGUCCUGGCCGAGGAGCUGGCCAAGGGAGACGGGUCAUUUCAGGCCAGCCUGCGCUGCAUGCUGCUGGACGGCAGCCUGCAAGAAGUGUCCGGCCUCCUCUCCAAGUCCCUGUUUGGGGAGCCUCUGAACGGCAUCGUCACAAAGGACUUAACUAGAUUAAAAAUGCUUCUCUCAGAAAUUGAAGCCGUUCGUAGCGAGAUGGCCACAGAAUAUACAGAGGACAAUGAAGAAGAAGUGAGGGAUGGAUGGCAGUUUCGCCCCCCGCCUAGAGGAGUUACCAGCAGUGAGGAGUACACGCUGUGUAAAAGGUUCCUGGAGCAGGGCCUGUGCCGCUACGGUGCCCAGUGCACGUCGGCCCACUCCCAGGAGGAGCUGAUGGAGUGGCAGAAGCGCUACGCCUCGCGCCUCAUCCGCCUCAAGCAGCAGCAGGACAGCAAACACUUCACCGAGAACUACAUGGAGGCGCUCAUCGAGAAGUGGAUGAACUCUCUCUCCCCUGAGAAAGUGCUGAGUGACUAUUUGGAUGGCGUCAACGUGGAACACAGCUCCAACCUGUCUGUAACGGUCACCACCAAGAAAUCAGCUCACUCCUGGACUUUCUCCCUGUUCUGCAAGCCUGUGAGGAAGCUGUACCGCAUCGCCCUGCUCUACGAUGCCCACCGACCCCACUUUUCCAUCACGGGCGUGUCGGUUGGCGAUGCCGGUGCCCAGCGGCUGCAGGCGGAGGCAGAGGGCUGCCAGGAGUGGACGGCGGGCGAGGAGGCGCUGGCGGCCAACAACGGCAUGGACCACUGCAUCUACACGGUGGCGGUGGGCUUCAGCACCGAGAUCUUCGGCACCUUCCGCCAGACCAUCGUCUUCGACUUUGGCUCGGAGCCCGUGCUGAUGCAGCGCAUCAUGGUGGACGCCGCCUCCAUAGAAGACCUGGAGCACCUGAUGCAAGCCAGGCAGCAGCUCCUGAUGACGGCCAAGCGCUGGGACCCGUCCUGCAAGACCAUCGUGGAGUUCAGCCCCAAUGAGACGGUGGACCUGGACCGCAGCCUGCUGGCCCGAUACCAGAUCCCCCUGUCGGCCGACCAGCUCUUCACCCAGUCGGUGCUGGACAAGACCCUGACCCGGGACAACUACCAGGCCCGCCUGCACGACCUGCUCUACAUCGAGGAGAUCGCCCAGUACAAAGAAGUCAGCAAGUUCAACAUCAAAGUCAACCUCCAGCUGGUCACCAGCUUCAUGCUGACGGGCAUCUCGGGUGGCGCCAAGUACGCCCAGAACGGGCAGCUCUUCGCCCGCUUCAAGCUGACGGAGACGCUGUCGGAGGACACGCUGGCGGGCCGCCUAGUCAUGACCAAGGUUAACUCAGUCUUGCUGCUGCCCCUGGCCCGCCAGGAGUGGUGCAGCCAGCCCCCGGGGGUCAAGGAGCGGGUCUACGAGGCCUGCAUCGAAGAGAAGACCAAGGACUACAUCUUCCUGCGGAUAUGCAAGGACUGCUGCGAGGAGCUGGGGUUGAUACCUGAUAGGGAACUGCAGGUGGAGUUGCAGUUCCAGUUGAACCGCCUGCCCCUGUGUGAGAUGCACUAUGCUCUGGACCGCAUCAAAGACAAUGGCAUCCUGUUCCCAGACGCCAGCCUUACUCCCACCAUCCCCUGGAGCCCCAACAGGCAGUGGGACGAGCAGCUGGACCCGCGGCUAAACGCCAAGCAGAAGGAGGCCAUCCUGGCCAUCACCACGCCUCUCACCAUCCCCCUGCCCCCUGUGCUCAUCAUCGGGCCCUACGGCACGGGCAAGACCUUCACCCUGGCACAGGCCGUCAAGCACAUCCUCAGGCAGGACGACAGCAGGGUCCUCAUUUGCACCCAUUCCAACAGUGCGGCUGACCUGUACAUAAAGGACUACCUUCAUCCAUAUGUAGAAGCUGGCAACGCGCAUGCAAGACCUCUCAGGGUAUACUUCAGGAACCGCUGGGUGAAGACUGUCCACCCGUUGGUGCAGCAGUACUGUUUGAUCUCUAACACACAGUACACUUUCCAGAUGCCCGAGAGGGAGGACAUCCUCAGGCACCGCGUGGUGGUGGUCACCCUCAGUACCUCCCAGUACCUCUGCCAGCUGGACCUGGAGCCAGGGAUCUUCUCUCAUAUCCUAUUGGACGAGGCAGCCCAGGCCAUGGAGUGUGAGACCAUCAUGCCUUUCGCGCUUGCCAGCAAAAGCACCCGCAUUGUGCUGGCUGGGGACCACAUGCAGCUCAGUCCGUUUGUGUACAGCGAGUUUUCUCGAGAGCGGAACCUGCAUGUGUCGCUGUUGGACCGGCUGUACGAGCACUACCCAGCCGAGUUCCCCUGCCGCAUCCUGCUCUGUGAAAACUACCGCUCCCACGAAGCUAUCAUCAGCUACACGUCAGAGCUGUUCUACGACGGGAAACUGAUGGCCAGCGGGAAGCAGCCGUCUCACAAGGACUUCUACCCACUGACCUUCUUCACGGCUCGUGGCGAGGACGUCCAGGAGAAAAACAGCACGGCCUACUACAACAACGCCGAGGUGUUUGAGAUCGUGGAGCGGGUGGAGGAGAUGCGUAAGAAGUGGCCGGUGGCGUGGGGCAAGCUGGACGAGGGCAGCAUCGGCGUGGUAUCGCCCUACGCCGACCAGGUAUUCCGCAUUCGCGCCGAGCUCCGAAAGAAGAGGAUGCACGAGGUCAGCGUGGAGAGGGUGCUCAACGUCCAAGGGAAGCAGUUCCGGGUGCUCUUCCUGAGCACUGUACGCACGCGGCACACGUGCAAGCACAAACAGACGGCCAUCAAGCGCAAGGAGCAGAUGGUGGAGGACUCGACGGAGGACCUGGACUACGGCUUCCUGUCCAACUACAAGCUGCUCAACACGGCCAUCACUCGCGCCCAGUCCCUGGUGGCCGUGGUGGGAGACCCCAUAGCGCUCUGCUCGGUGGGCCGCUGCAGAAAGUUCUGGGAGAAGUUCAUCUCCAUCUGCCACGAGAACGCCAGCCUGCACGGCAUCACCUUUGAGCAGAUCAAGGCCCAGCUGGAGGCCCUUGAGCUCAAGAAGACAUACGUGCUCAACCCGCUGGCGCCCGAGUUCAUCCCCCGCGCCUUGCGGCCCCAGCCGACCCAGCACCCCCAUCAACAUCAACAUCAUCACCAACACCCACACCCCCAGGGACACACGGCCAGCAAGCAGCCCGGGUCCCAUCAGCAACAGCAGCAGCAGUCUCCCCCGAAGGGGAAAGGGCAACAUGCAAACCACACAGAGCACUUCCCACCUGAAGGAUUUGUUCAACCCAACCCUGCAGUGUUGAUGGGCAACCCCAUCCGGGCGUUCUCGCCGCCCCUGGGGGGCACACCUGGCAGCAUGGGCAAGUCCCCCAGUCCCGUGCAGAGGAUAGACCCCCACACGGGCGCCAGCAUCCUCUACGUGCCCGCCGUCUACGGGGGCAACAUGGUCAUGUCCAUGCCACUGCCCUCUGUCCCCAUCCAGUUGCCAUGGCCCGGCUACCAAAACCGCUUUGCCAUGGACCCACGCAUCAUGAGCCACCAGGCGGCCAUGGCCUAUAACCUGAACCUGCUGCAGGCCCAGAACCGGGGCUCGCCCACCCCCUACGGCGGAGUCACACACCCCUCCCCCUUGGGCAUGGGCCAGCAGACCAGUCCUGACAAGGAGCUUCAGGCUGAUUCCAUCAGAAACGGUAAAAUGGACGGGUGUCCAAAGUCCGAGCAGAGUCGGCUGCAGACACCAGAGAGGAAGACCUCGGAGAUGAAGGACAAACAGGGAGAGUGUGAUCCGGGCGGUGGCCGGGUUCUGGACUCUCAGACAGACGGACUGGGUUUCCCCAAUGCCAUGCUCCACCGCAAGGACAACUCAAGCCAAAGAACCCUCAACUACCACUUGGCACCCCCCAACCCGGCCUUUGCCCCCCACCCCGUGGGCCGGGCCUUCCCCCCACAGUACCCCGGCGUGUCCAGGCUCCCCUUUAGGGUGCCGCCCCAGCACCCAGGCGGGGUCCCGGUCAUGGGCCAGCCUAACCAGCAUCACUCGGCCCAGCUCUCCCCUGCCUACGCCAGUGGCAGUCACAACCCCUCCUUCUUUGGCGGGGCCAUGGCCUCCCACAGGGGUGUGCUGGAGACUGAGGAGGAGGGGCCAGAGGAGAUGGGGAACUCCAUGAGGUCCCAGAUGGGCCACCAGGGGGGGCACCACCCGGCCCUGUCACAGCCCAGUCGGGUUAACAGCUUCGGGGAGGAGAUCCAGGAAGGAGGCCUGGGAGACGGGAUGGACCCUCUAGCUCUGGAGGCCCUGAGCCAGCAGGCGCGGCUGGGCCAGUGGGGUGAGCCCGGGCCCUUCCUCCAGGGCGGUGUGGCCUUCCCUCUGCCCCAGCAGCUGGCCCAUCUGGCCCAGCCCGGCCUAGCCCGCUUCCCCCCUCAGCUGCUGGCACGGGCCAACUGGAGGAUGAGUGCCGGCAUGGAGGACGAGGCUGGCGGACCGCCUUUCACCAGGUUCCCAGGCCUCCUGCGAGAGAUGCCCCCCCAGGAUCAGCCCGAUCCCAGGGACCCGGCUGAGAUGCAGCCCCCUCCCCAGUCCCGCCUGCUCCAGUAUCGCCAGGUCCAGUCCCGCUCCCCGGGCGACCCAUCCUCCCCCUCGGCCGCAACCUCCAACCACACCGGCCCCUUCCCCCCUGGCCCCUAUCCCGGCCGAGACCCCACCAGCCACGAGCUGGAGCUCCUCAAUAACCCGGGUCUCCAGCAGCACCCGGGGAACCCGCUCUACAACCCCAACGCCUACCCCCACCAGCUGGGCCACUCCACCACCCCGCCCCCGCAGGUCAAGUACCUCCUCCAGGAGGCCCAGUGGCCUCACAGCGGAGCUGGCGUGACCCAGAACCACAUGCUAGCCCAGGGCCAGGGCUUCCCCUACGGGCUGCCCGUCAUGGCCCACCCCAGUAGACAGGAGCAGGUCCACCUCAUGCAGCUCCACCACCAGCACCAGCAGCACCAACAACAACAGCAGCAGCAGCAGGGUCAAGGCCCAAGCCAGGAGCCCUACCACCCCCUCUCCCCCAGAACAGCAGGUGCCACCGCCCUUCACAAUGUAGAAGAGUAUGAACCCAGGGGUCCCGGGCGGCCCCUCUACCAGCGGCGGAUCUCCUCCAGCUACCCAGACGAGGGAUCCCCCGCCAACGCCGCCGCCUUGGCCCAGCAGCAGCCACAGCCUUGCCCGGCAGACCCCCAGGAGCACCCCCACACACACCAACACCAACACCCUCACCCCCACCAACACCCCUACGGCUACCCCCCGCCCGAGCUGUGGCCCGGCAACGGGGGUGGCCCCGGCCCGUUCCAGAACAUUCCAUGCAACGGAGCCAGCACACUCGUUCAACACCAACACCGGGACCUCCUAGUAGCUUCCAAGGCCCUGCGGCAGGCAGCAGAGGAGCAGAUGAAGGCUGAAGCAGCAGUAGCUGCGGCCCAGCCUCCUGCCCACUCCCUCCAGCACCUCGGACAGUUCCCCCCUCUCAUGCCCAACAGCAAGCAGCAGCAGCCGCAGCAGCAGCAGGCCCCCCCAGAGCCCGGCCAGGGCCCGGGGGGCCCCCAAAACCCUGGAAAACCCCCCACCAUGUCCUACGCCAGUGCCCUCCGCGCCCCACCCAAACCCAGAGCUCGCCCUGAACAGGUCAAAAAGCACAGCGACCCACUUUCCCUACUCCAAGAGCUCAGCAUAGGAAGUUCAAACGGUAGCAACGGAUACUAUUCCUAUUUUAAAUGAGUUUCACCCCUUAGAAGUACCCCCUUGAAAAAUAUAAAAUAAAAAAACAUGUAAAAUAUAAAGAAAGAAAAAAAAGCAAAUAAUAGCAAAACCUUUUGUGAAAAAGAAAAAAAAAACGGUACAAGUGCUUUUACAAAUCGUUUCUAUUGAUAGUUUCGUUUCCCGCUUUUUGUUUUGUUUUAAACUUUUAUUUGUAACAGUCAAAUCUUUCUUCUGUUUCACAUAUCUGACAAAAAAAAUAACAAAAAUAUGUAAAACAUAAGUAUAUAUAAUGGAUUGCAUUACUGGUAUAUAUACAUACACAUUAUGUAUAUAUGAAUAUAUACUUAUAUUAUGUACACUUGUAUAUGUACGUAAUGCAAAGAAAAGUAUAAAAAAAUAAAAACACAAGAUUUUGUUGACCACUUGGCUGCCUGUCUGUUUUCCCUUAUUGAAGUUGGUUAUGUUGGCCACUUUAUGUUGAAGGUUUUUUUGUUUUCGUUCGUUUUUUAAUUUUGAGUGGACUUUCUAUGUCUUGAUUUUCAUCGUAGUUGUGUUAACAGGGAAAAAGCUAAGUGGUCAACUAAUUUCAUAUAAAAUAUAUGGAACAUUGUAUAGAAGUAGAUACAUUUUCCUCUAAUCUGUACAUAUGAAGAAAAUAAAUGACUGAGUUGUAUGCCACAGACAUGUAUCGAAAUUCCUGUAUCAUGUUAGCAUUUACAUUAGACUUCAUUUGGUUUGCUUUUGAUCCUUAAUCUUAGACAUUCUCACCUGAAAAUCAUCUUCAGUGACAGAUUAGUGCAGUAAAUGGGAUUCUUACAUGCAUACAAACAUGCACACGCAAACACACACCGUUCAGAAAAAAACUAUUACUUUAAAAUUACUUUAUGAUACAUUUAUACAAAUGUGUUGGUUGCAUGUAAAUCCCCCAUUUCACUGGCCCUCUCCUCUCUUUUAAAAGAUAGAAAAAUAUAGGAUAGAUAAUGAUAAGCAUGAAGAGCCACAUCGAAGUGAGGUCUACUGUUGUCUGAUUCCAACUUGGAAAAACUAGUUUCAGAAAGAACCAUGGUAUGCUUCCUCUGCAGUUUCAUCUGAGGUCCAAAGAUAGUUGUUCUCCUGUUGGGCGAAUGGCUUUCCCUUUACACUGUCUUUUGAAGUAGGUGUAUUGCGUGAUGGGGUUAAAUUCCAACGUGUUACAUGUGAAAUCCCGUCGACCAAACAUCUAAUCAGUCAAGCAAAACUGCAUAUACAAAAAAUGGUAUGUGGUGAAACUUGAGACAAAGUGCAUAUGUGAGUGGAUGGGUAAUGUGAAGUCUAUUGAAAAGGCAUAACUAAGGCAUGGCUGCUGAGGGGAUCUGAAGGUUUAGAGAGGGAUCACGGCUAAGUUGAAAAUAUUUUUUUCAUGUUGAGUGAGUGAAGAUUUAGAAGAUGUUGGAUCUACGUUGUCUCCUUGCUUUUCUUUGACCCACUUCAGAGCUUUAAGGUCAUUUAGAAAGGCGUGAGAAAGAUCCUGUCACAAACUUUCCCAACAUUCCCUGGUUUUUCUGAAAUCCCGGUUGGAUGUUUUCUGGAAUCAGCAAGGGAGUAAGCAACGAGGGAAUCGUCCGACUUGGAAUUCUUCAACCAGGAUUCCCGAAAAACCUGGGAAUUUUGGGAAUUUUGCAACCGUAGACUAUUUUUGAACUUAUGUAGGACUUCGGCCCGAAAGAAAACCGGCUGGUUUAGACCAGAGCCAUCAGUUACUUUUUGGUUCGGUCUUAUCAUCUGAGUUUCCCACCGUCUUUUUCACCGAUAUUCCAUGUACUCUUUGUGUCAUCAGUGGACAUCACUUUUAGCUACCAACCUCUUGCUCUGAUUUAAAUAGUUGCUUAGAUGACUGAGGUAACUCAUUCUGUCUGUUUGCCCUGGCAAUUUCCCAGGAAAUUUAGACAGAAAAAAAAAUCUGCUUUUAUUUUGACAUCUCAAAAUGUUUUGUUAACAAAUAAAUGCAAUCAGUGUGGGUUAUUUUAACCACAAAAUAAAAAAAAUUGUUCAGCCGUUUGUAUGACUUUUCUGACAUGCAUUCCAAUCAUUGAGGUAUUUUGUUUUUAGGGUGACAUGCACAUAUCUUGUGAGUGAAAUCUAUUUGCAUUUUUGUAAAAGAAUUAGCAAACAACCUUCAUCAAGCUGUCCAAUCUUUAUACAUUUGUAUAGUGUGCACACUCAAAUAAUUAAUUGCCAGUAGGAUAAAAUUAUCAUGAAAAGUAUUGACAAUGAUUAUCAAAUGCACAUUUGUGACUGAUUUUGAUUGACUUGGUAGAUUUUUUUUAGUGUAAAAGCCACAGUUGUCACAUUUACUGGAAACCAUUUUAUCUCAACUUUUCAUGAUUCAUUUGUGUUGCAGCCUUUUCUCCCCAAUCUAAAAUAAAUAAAAUAAAAAUGUGUUAAUGGUUUGUUUCAGUAUAUUGUAAUAAAAGACCCUUUGAUUCUAACUGGUACAUUUAUGUAACUAUUUUGUCAUUCAUUUUAAUGUAUGUCAAUCAGAUAUAUAUAUUUUUUUGUUGUUUUUGAGUCAAACAUGCUGUCAGCUAUUCAGGAAGCAAAUCUAGUCGGAAUUAAAAACAUCCCUUAAACAUAGUUGAAACUAUCAUUAAAAACAUUUACGGGGACAUCAGUUCAUUCAAAUUUUUGGUCAUUGUUAACUUUCCAAGGUCCAGAUUCAAGAGGUUGUCACAAAAAAAACAUACUUGUAAAUAUGCAUUUUCUAGGUAUUUACAAACAAGGUUUAGGGAGUGCCUCAAUUUUGUAGAAGCUGUUUAAAAGAAGAGGUAUGCCCUUUUUUUAAUUAUGCAAAUUCACAAAAUCAACUCACAGAAAUUGACAUGGACCGUGUUGGCAGUCACAGCAUCUUAUAGUAAUAACUUUUUUAAUUCAUUUUUAUAAGAUGGUGUCUGGCUGCUUUUACGUUUUUUUGUUGCAGGCAUAUAAAACAUGUUACUUUACGGUAGAAUACUUAUUUUUAAAAUCAAUGUUGCAGGAAUUAUUUGUCCUUGUUGAAGUUUUUUUUCGCAGAAUCUGUUAAAAAUAUUUUUUCAUUUCAGCGGUGCUUUGUGGUUCGACAAUUAUUUUUCACGUAAAACUGUACAUUAAUUCUGUGCAUGCCAAGAAGACCUGGCUUGUUUAUAUCCCCGGUUUUAUCAAAAAGUUUGUAUUGAUUUGUGCAACAACAAUAAAAAUAUCAUGUUUUUGUUCUAUCCCUACAAAGUAACAUUUUGGCAUAUUAUUUGAUGUGUACAAUGACUUGUGACAUUAUGAACAAAAAAGUAUGAUAUUUUAUUAACAUGUCAAUGAAUUAUGUAAUGCUCAUGUAAGAGUUGUUUUUCCUCCAAAUUAUUUUGCUGGGCGAAAGUUGCUCCCAGACUUACGGGGCACAUAUUAUAAGCUUUGAAAAUCUUUGCAAAGAAGUGGAUAUCAAAUUUGAAUCAGUUUUCCACAAAUUAGUUGUUGGUUAAUCUCUAAAUUGUGCAAUACUCCUCACAAUUUCUGCAGUCUCUGAUCUGUAUUUGCGUGAAAUCCAAACCAUAAGAGAUUGAGCCAUUCUAAGUGUUUGUUCUUAAUAAUCUUGUCCAAGAGUAAGUAAUAGUAGGUCUGUGCUUGUGUCCAUACCGCGCCUAUUCAGACCUUUAUUAUUGCUUAGUCACUAUCAAAAUCUCAAUUUUGUGCCGUGUCAUGACUCGUGACCUGACUGACUUUGCAUCGAGACGGGAGCUUUUAAUUUGUUUGUCGUCAACAGUUUGAAUGUCAGUUAGCCUCCACCCAGACCCAGUCACAUAUCAUCGUGUAAAUGCCUUCGUAAAACAACUAAAACAACCCUAACUUGAACGGACGGUUUUGUUUUGGGAGCAGCCUUUUGCCCAGCCAGUAGAGAGCACUGUGUUCAGCCUUUUGUAAAACCACAUCUCCUGUUGUCAUCCAUCUUGUCUCCAGUCUCCUCUGUUUCUUCCCCUCCUACAGUAAAUCAAUGGCACACCUGUUAACUGUUACCCUCCACUGGAUCCACACGAGUGGGCUACAUAAUGAUGAAUAUUUCCCUUUCACUCUUUUCAAUUCAAUUGGUGGUGGUUAUGAUAAAGGAUUUAGACUUUGUUUCAAAGGUUUUAUUUUAUUUUUUGUUUUGUUUUUUAAAAUGUGUUUCUCUAUUAAAGUGUUUUUAUUGAAUCA